GCCAGUUUUUUCCUCAUACAACACGCUUUUGAGAUGUCUGUAGUGUGUCCGGCCUAAAGUUUGCAUCAAAAGAACCCAAUUUAAAAAAAUAAAUUAAAUUAAAAAGCGCGCGAAUUGUUCAAGUAGGUACUUAACAAGGCGCAAUAAUGCUUUCAAAUUCUUUCAAUUAAUUUUAAAUUAAAUACAUUUAAACAUCUCAACUAAAGUGCUAUCUAUCUAGUUUUUGUAACAAAACAAAAAAUCAAAAUGUCAAAUUGGCUGGUAUUGGCUGUUUUGUUUUAUUGUGCAAAUGUUGUUAUUCUGCAAGGCACCGGUUCUGGAGCAGAUGGAAACUUACGUCUAUGCAUAGUAGAAGGGCGCGGUUACAAGCGUGGUGCCAAAUACUGUCCUAUUCUUGAUGAGGAAAAGUCGGGAAUCGAAUGUGUCUUUGGCACUGACAGACUGGACUGCCUCCGCCGCAUCCACAAAGGGACAGCUGACUUCGGUGUCUUCCAACCUGAAGACCUGAAAGCCGCCCAGUGGGCGAAAGUCGAGGUCUUGGUCACCAAUGAGAUCAAACUUAAGGACAGACCCUUCGCUCGUUCAGUAGUGGCUGCUGUGAACAGGCGGAUCCUGCCGGAAGGCCGAACGUCUGCUUCGGCGGUGCUCCGUAACCGGACGCUGUGUCGCAGCGCCGCCGAUAAAGACGACCUCAGACAUCUUCCCGAGGUCCUUGCACGGUACUUGGAGUCAUUGGUGACAGUGGGAUCGUGCUCAACGAACCUGACCCUCACGGAGAACCGCAUCAAGGUCAAUGCGGACUUCUUCGGCGACUCCUGCGUGGCUGGGCCCUGGCUACCAGACCGGGAAAGAGAUGCUGAGCUGAAACGCAGUUAUCCAUCGCUUUGCGCCGCGUGCGCAUCACACAGGUGUUCUGAAAAAGACUUUUACUGGGGCACCAGCGGCGCCCUCGCUUGUAUGUCCGACGGGGUUGGUGACGUCACCUGGGCGGAACUUGAUGACGUCGUAGCUUAUUUUAAUAAGGACACAGACAACGCGAACCAGUUUGCUCUCCUCUGCCGCGACGGCAGUUGGCAGCCGCUUAAUUCUAAAACGCCGUGCGUGUGGCUCCAUCGGCCCUGGGACAUCGUUGUCUCCAAGAUGAAAGCAUCAGCAGCGGUGAGCAAGCUGAUGUCAUCGAUGACUAAUAGUUCAGUGACGGUGGAUAGCCACUGGCACGGAGCGCUGGCCGCUCUGCUGGAGAUCCGACAGGCAUUACCACCGCCCCUGCAGCCCCCGCAGCCUCCGACUAACUACUUAUCCACCGCUGAAGGAUUCACUGAAGCAUUCAAUCAAUACGGAUGCAAUCCGCCGAGACACGUGACUCUCUGCACCACAUCGCUGUUGGAAAACAACAAAUGCGAGUGGCUCGCUGAAGCUGGGGCUGUUUACGGCGUGUCUCCACCAUUGCAGUGCGCUAAAAGGGACAGCGUCGAAGAAUGUAUGACGGCGGUGAAGAAUAAGGAAUGCGACUGCGUAGUCGCGGAUAGCAAUUGGCUGGUUAAGGCUGAAAGGAACUACUCUCUCACACCCAUUCUUCAUGAAGCCAAUCCAAUCAUAGAUAGAAUGACCAUCAUUUCCGCGUACGUACGCCGUGAUGCUGGUAUCAACAAAAUGGCGGAUUUGCGCGGGAAACGAGCUGCUUUUCCGCUUCUCGACGGCAUCGCCUGGCAUUCCGUUUUGCGUUAUCUGACAAAUAAGUCGUGCAAUGACAUUGCAUUCAAUUUUUUUAGCGAAGUAUGUGCUCUUGGUCUCGAGAAACUUGAUUUGAAAGGUGCAUUAAGUAAAAAAUACACAGAAAAUUGCGGAAUGAGACAAGACGAUGAUGUGAAUGGAGAAAUACAAGCUUUGAGAGCGUUAGUACAAGGCAAAACUGAUGUAGUUUUUAUAAAUAAGACGACUUAUAACUUGUAUGUCAAUAGAUAUAUUCAAAAGGACUGGUCGAAGAAUUUGAUAGAGAUAGUACCAAUUUGCCCUGAAGAGAAUCCAAAAUAUUGCUUCAUAAGUUGGUCGAAUAUUGGCCACGUAUUCACGUCAAACAACUUGACUUCACUAAGGAGACAUGAAGUGAUUAAUGUUUUGACAAAACUUGACCAAUAUUUUGGUGAUUACCCUCACAAGUCAAUGUUUUCUAUGUACGGCCCUUACAAUCAUAAGUUCGAUGUUCUUUUCCACAACAACACGAAACUUUUAGAAACAAAUCAUAUGUUUAAAAAGCACCCGUACAACAAUAUACCGCUAAACUUUGAACAAAGUUUAAAUGCAUCGGAAUGUUACAUUUCGAAAUUCACAACAGGUUUUGGUGUCAAAAUGGCACCGUCUGUAUUAUUAUUAAUUCUGUCUCUAGUCUCUAGUAUAAUUAUGAAUAAAUGAAUAUAUAUUCAUUUGUGAUAGAAAAUGCCAAUUUAAAGUACUAAGUUUUAUUUUUGUACUUUUAUAUUAAAAUAUACUUAAUUUACUUAAUAUUUA